AUGGCACUAAACCCAGUUUGGUUACCUCUCACCUCAGCUGCUGCAGGAUUGUCUCCCCGAUGCUUACUCUUCGGAGAAUGGGUGUCUAGCCGAUCAGCAUGCCACCCCAACGCGUGCCCCAGUCCCCCUUCCCGCGCCAUCGCAGUAAACGGAUUGCCUGUAAGCAAUGUCGCCAGUCAAAGCUUCGAUGUGAGGUAUCCACAGGCGGUGCUAUUCCCUGCUCCCGAUGUCGCCGGCUGGGCUACGACUGCCGACUCGAUGCGGCGUAUCAACGCGUCAACGGGCGAGAAGGAGCUGGAGAAGGAAGUCCAGCAUCUACGCUCAUCCGUCUCCACUCAUCCUCCCGCUGCCGCGCCACAGUCCCUCCAAGGCAUCCUUCUGACCCCCAGCGAAUCGUACCAUGCCGAUGCCUCCUCCAUCGUCGGUCAGGAAUCCUCGGGGUCGCGGGUAGAUCUGGUGGCUUCCCAAGUGCCAUCUUUGUCAGUAGUACCUACGACUCCCGUUCAUUCCUUGUCAUCCCAGCCACCAAGUCAACCCUCGCCUCUACUUUCCGACACGACGUCUCCAACCUUGUCCAGGUCGCUCGACUUUGUUCAUCUUCAUGGGCAUCAAGUAAAUGCUCUGUUCAAUAUCUUCUUCACUCACUAUCAUCCCUACGUACCCUUGUUGGAUCCAACCAUCUCCCCGGACCAAUACUAUGCUCGGUCUGCAGUGUUAUUCUGGUCCAUCAUCCUACUAGCCUCUCGUCGAUAUACGGAAGAGCCAGGCUUGUUUGUCAGUCUCACGGCUCCGGUCAAGAAGCUCAUAUGGGAUACCAUCGCCAACCCCCCGCACACCUGGCAUGUCGUGCAGGCUAUUAUCCUAGUUUGUCUGUGGCCAUUUCCCACUUCAUCUCUUUCGUCCGAUAUUACUUCCAUCCUCCUAUCCACUGCGCAGACAAUCUCCCUCCGCAUCGGGUUGCAUCGCCCGGAAGCCAUCCAAGAUUUCUCGCGAACCAAAAGACGUUUGAUGCCGGAUGAGAUGGCCGAAGUAGCGCGAACAUGGGCGACCUGCUAUAUCACCGCUCAAACAAUCGUAACCAUAGACGGACAAGUAUGGGUCUCGUCAGACUGGAUGAUCGAUCGGCUCUGUGACCGGGACAGCACGAUGAUCCCCAUGUCCCUCAAGCAUCAACUCCUAUUAUCGCGUUUCUCGGCCCGCGUCGGUCAAUUCAUGUCCAGCCAUUCGCAAGGGCCAACGGAUCUUCCUCGUCCGGGGGAGUUCAUCUCCCUGCUGGCCCUGCUAGAGCGAGAAUACACUGAGCUGGCAUCCAGUUUAACCAGCUACAUAUCUGAAGAAAAUAAAGUCCUACUCAACGGCAUUGGCCUGCAACUCUACGUCUUUUACCUACUCGAGGAAUCCGACUCCGACACGCGCAAACGCGGGCUCCUCCGCGCCUACAGCAUAGCCAUCUCCACCAUAACCAUCAUCAACCAACUCGAAGCCCUCACCGACGCCAUGGCCUACGGGCCCGUGUCCUAUUUCCGCAUCAUCUCCAUCGCAGCCAUGUUCAUCAUGAAGUUGAGUUACUCGAACCUCGGCCCGUUUGUAGACCUAGAGACCGGUAAACGCUCAUUCAACUCCGCCAUUGCUCUUACCCGCCGAACAUCUAUCGAGGAUAACGAUCUGCCGGGGCGAAUGUCGAAGAUUCUCACCCAAUUAUGGAGUGCUCAAGUCGUUCAUCGUGGGCAGCGGGACAAGCCGCCUGGUUUACGGCUGAAAACACGCUUGGCUGCCAGUUUGGUCCAUGAUUCCAUAUGGAUGUGGAGGGAGCAGUUUGGUGGACAGCCCCGUAGUGGAACGAAUACACCUCUCGCGAGUCGGGGAUAUUUCGCCGAUAAUAGGGCUAUGGAGCAGCAGCACGGGGGACUAAGCGCACGGGGGACAGGCUCGGCGGGUCAGGAGGCUGCUACUAGUUUUCCGGUUGGGAUAGAAGAUGCUUGUCCGGAUGGAUUGACGCUGGAGGAUGUUGUCGAUGCAGAGUUGCUUGCUUUGUUGCCUUUCAGCUUGGAUGGGGAAAUAUUCACUGCUCCUGGAGGCUGUUGA